GGCCUGCAGUCCGGCCCUCCAAUGAUUUGAGGGUCAGUGAACUGGCCCCCUGUUUAAAAAGUUUGAGGACCCCUGGGUAAGAGUGAGUGCUCCAUCCCAACUGUCACAGGUGUCUCCCGUGAAACUGCUAGAAAGCCUAAAAUUGGCAGCGUGGAUGGGGCAGAGAAGAGAGAGGUGAUGCCUUCUCCCACAGUCGGGGUUCAGGUGCCGGGGUUGGAGAUGGACAUGUGAGGAGAGACCGUCUGGGCAUUUGGAAACAACAGGGCAGUGGUCCGUCCGACUGCCUGGCCUUCAGAGCCACCUCUUCCCGGUGGCGUCACAUUGGGCAAGUUACUAUAAUCAGGAUGCCUUAAUAGCACCUCCCUCCAGGUGGUCGUAUAAAUGGAGUGGGAGAUCUGGUAGAUACUCCCUAGGUACUGUAAAACAUUUGAAAUACCCUGGACGUGGUGCACCCCAGCAAACUUGCCAUGCUUGUGUUAUUUGGUGGUUUGGGAUUAUCUGAAGUAGGCAUUGGUCUGUCAUUCAGGAAUUAGCUGGAUGAGUCAGCAAUUCUCUGAACUGGAGUUUCCUGGUUAAUUGGGGAAUUAGCUGGGUGGGCAGGGAUUAUCUAAAAUGGGGUUAUCUGUUGGUUUGAGAAUUGGCUGAGUGGGGAGGGAUUAUCUGAGCUGGGGUUGAUUAGUUGAUCGGGGAAUUGCCUGAAUUGGGGGCUGAGCCGGCCCCGCCAGCCGCUUUCCCGUCUCCCUUCCUCACAGAUGAUGGGAAGCUGUCCUUGGAGGAAUUCCAGCUCUUCUUUGCAGAUGGCGUCCUCAACGAGAAGGAACUGGAGGGUCUCUUUCACACGAUCGAUUCUGACAACACCAACCAUGUGGACACCAAGGAGUUGUGUGAUUACUUCGUGGACCACAUGGGGGACUAUGAGGACGUCUUGGCCUCCCUGGAGACCCUGAAUCACUCUGUCCUGAAGGCCAUGGGCUACACCAAGAAGGUAUACGAGGGAGGGAGCAACGUGGACCAGUUUGUGACCCGCUUCCUUCUGAAGGAGACGGCCAACCAGAUCCAGUCUCUGCUGAGCUCCGUGGAGAGCGCGGUGGAGGCCAUCGAGGAGCAGACCAGCCAGAUCCGCUGCAGACAGAACCACAGCAAAACAAGCCACGGCGAGGCGGAGUCCUGGUACAGAAGCCCUGCUCCCCCCUAUGUCCCUAACCACAAGCUAAUGGCCACAGAACAAGGAAAGAGCCUUCCGCCUGCCACUGAGGACUCAAAGGAGGAGGGCCUGGAAGCCCAGAUCACCCGGCUGGCAGAACUGAUUGGAAGGCUGGAGAACAAGGCACUGUGGUUUGAUCUGCAGCAGCGCCUCUCCGAUGAAGAAGGCACCAACAUGCACCUCCAGCUGGUCCGCCAGGAGAUGGCCGUGUGCCCUGAGCAGCUGAGCGAGUUCCUGGACUCCCUGCGCCAGUACCUACGAGGCACUGCUGGAGCCAGGAGCUGCUUCCACAUUGCUGCUGUGAGGCUCUCUGAUGGCUUCACCUUCGUGGUCUACGAGUUCUGGGAGACAGAGGAGGAGUGGAAGAGGCACCUGCAGAGCCCUGUGUGCAAGGCAUUCCGGCACGUCAAGGUGGACACGCUGAGCCAGCCUGAGGGCCUCUCCAGGAUCUCCGUGCCAGGUGGGCAGGAAGGGCCCAGGAGCCAGAAGAGCACCCAGCCUUGUAGCCCUUCAGCUACAGAAUGGAGACCAGUGGCACAGUGAGAUGGCCCCAGGGCCCCCUCCACCCACCUUCCCAGCAGCCAUGACAUCACCCCAAAAGGACUGAAGCCUUGCUCUGCUCCUUUCUCUCGCUGAGGCCCCCCCCCGUGCAGGCAGCCUCCCCCCAGUUCGGGGAUGUCUCUUCUGCCUUGCAGGCUUAGGGGGCCGUGGCCCCUGCAGCCUACCUCACCUCCAGGGCUAGGGCAGCACAUUUAACUACCCUACCCUCUGACCUCUUCCCCCCUCUGCU